AUGAAGAAAACAAGGAGAAAGCAAAAGCAAAAGAAGCAAGUUAUGAGCAUUAAAGCAAUAGGUAUUGCUAUAAAACUUACAUUGGAGGGUUCGAGUCAGGCAGCACACUUCCAAACAUGGGUUUUUGUAAUGGUUGCUGUUACAUGUAUAAUCACCCAGCUGAAUUACUUAAACAAGGCUUUGGACACAUUUAACGCGGCUAUUGUUUCUCCAAUCCAUUAUGCCAUGUUCACGUCCCUCACUAUUUUUGCCAGUGCCAUCAUGUUCAGGGAUUGGUCUGGUCAGAGUGCUGGCAAUAUUAUUUCGGUACUUUGUGGUUUCAUAACUGUGCUUUCGGGUACUAUGGUUUUGCACAGUACCAGAGAGCCAGAUCCACCUCCUGUUUCAGAUUUGUAUGCAUCACUUUCUCCUCAAAUAUCGUGGCUGGUCCAUGCUAAUGGUGAAAUAUGGAAGCAAAAAGACAAUGAUGAGAUGCACACUGAAUUUGUUGCAAUAAUUAAACCGGACCAUUUCAAAUAAUGCAAUGAACUUGGAUAUACAACUCUUACAAGGUGCAGCUGGCUCUUCAAAUUGUUGGCCAAGGCCUACAUGUGCUGAUGAAGUACUCCUAGUGUGCUAUUGACUCUGGCAUUUCUGGUCUUUGGACACGCAUCAGUUCACCAUAUUCACUGCUCGAGGGUCUUGUGUUUUUUGUGCCAAUUUUUGUAAUGGGAAUUUUUUAUUAUUUUCAUUUUUUUUGGUAUCCAAGGUUUUUUCACUUUGAUCGGUUAGGUUAGACGGACACCAGGUCCUUGUAUAAUAAUGACUAAUUUAUUCUUUGUUGUCACUAUGGCUAGUUUAUUGUCUGUAUGAAUGAGGGCACCGGCUUGGGUACUGUAAGAAUGGUCGGACCUUUGCUUGUUAAUGGAAAGCGUUCGUUUUAUUUUUUAAUUAAGGGAAG